CGCGCGGCGCCCGCCGGCCAUCUUGCACGGAGUACGUCCUCUCGCGACGCACCCUCAACCCUUACGGCGCUCGGGAAUAUCUCCGCUCUCCCGGCCGCUCACCGUACCGCCGUGUUUGCUUUACAAUAGAAUUCAAUUUAACCUCAACGAUAUAACGCGCUUUGUGGCUCGGGACAGGUGUGACGUGAAGUGCUCUCGAUACUGUGCUAUGGUGAAUUUUCGGAAAUGUAUGCUAGUGUCGUCGAGUGAAUAAUAGAUCGGGGCUACCUCGGAGAGCCGGCACCGCUCCAGCCAAGCGUCGCGUGAUGGCGCAUGGAGUGCGCGCGGACGGCGUGGUGCGCGGCGCUGGUGCUCGCGUCCCUGGCGGCCGCCGGCCCACGCUACAGCUCACGCAUCGUGCACACGCACGCAGGAGCAAUCAGAGGUAUAAUAGUGGAGCCGGCUUCUCGCCGCCUGGAGCCAGUGGAGGUGUUCUGGGGGGUGCCGUAUGCCGGGCAGCCGGCUCGACUGGGCCCGCCGCCCGCGCCGCCCAGCUGGCCCGGGACCAGACUCGCCGACGCAUUUGCCCCGGUCUGUCCUCAACGUUAUCCAGACAUAUCCAACAAAAGUGCGGCGUUAUCCAAAAUGCCACUCGGGAUGUACAACGAGCUGAAAGCCACCGUUCCUCUGUUAGCCAAUCAAAGCGAAGACUGUCUCUACCUCAAUAUCUAUGUACCCGGUAGCGGAGCGCGCGGCGUGGAGGCGCCGUACGCGGUGGUGGUGUGGGCCGGCGGGCCGUCCCACGAGUGGGGCUCCGGCAACGCGCUCGACGGCGCCGUGCUCGCUGCGCGCGCGCACCUCCUUGUCGUCACCAUUAACUAUAGGCUAGGUUUAUUAGGUUAUCUUACAAGUGGUCUGAGGUCAGACGAAGUGCAGCAAGCGGGCGGAGCUGCGGUUCUCGACGUAGCUGCAGCGCUGUCGUGGGUCCAGCUGAAUAUUGCCGCGUUCGGCGGAGACCCACGACGAGUCACGCUCGCGGGUCACUCGGCCGGCGCAGCGUUAGCUAACGCGCUGCUCAUGAUGCCAAGUAGUAAAGGUCUGGCAUCUCGUGUGUUGCUCUUGAGUGGUUCGGCUUUAAGUCCAACCGCUCUAGCGCCCGAUGCCGCACUGGCUCGAGAGCACACGGUUCAAGCACUUCGCUGUACCCCUGACUCGACCACUGACGAGAAUUGGUUAGUGGAAUGUAUACGCGCUCGGCCUCUUGUUGCCCUCUUAGCUGUUGAAGCUCCCAAAGCCAGAUUCUUAGCUGGUUGGGCCCCAUCAGUGCCAGUUUUGAAAGAUUCAUCCUUAAGCCAAGCUCCGACUAAAGCUUUACACGCCAGUGAAACUUUCCUUGAAUGCGCGUUAGCCGUGGUCGUUGCUACGACUGAGAGCUAUCAAUUUUUUAAUGAAGAUGACAUAAGACACGGAUUUGAAGAAGAGCACAGAAAUCGUAUUCUGCGCACGUACGUUCGCAACGUCUACCGAUAUCAUCGGAACGAGAUCUUCGCUGCAAUCCGUAAUGAGUAUACGGACUGGGAGAAACCUAUACAGCACCCGAUCAAUAUUCGUGACGCCACGCUCGAGUCCCUCAGCGACGCGGCAGUCGCGUCCCCUGCCCUGAGAGUCGCUCAGCUCCAUGCAAGAAGAGGUGCAAGGACAUAUUUCGCGCACUUUGCACAUCAAAGCAAAGAUGCUGACUACCCGCAGAGGUUAGGAAGCGUUACAAGCGAAACCCUGCCCUACUUCUUGGGUUUACCAUUAGUGGGAGGGAUGCAGUUUGCUCCUCGCAAUUAUUCUCGAGGGGAUAUAGCUGUGGCAGAGUCUGCCGUGGCCCUGCUCGCUGCGUUUGCUAAGACUGGAGAUCCAACUCCUAGGACGGAUGAGCGGCAUCAUGAAAACGCUAUAUCUUGGCCAAGAUAUGAAUUGAACACGCAACAAUAUUUGAGCAUAAGUACGAAACUUCGGGUGAAGAGCCAUUAUCGUGGCCACAAGAUGGCGCUGUGGCUGCACUUAAUCCCUCAGCUGCAUCGACCAGGUGCUGCACCGAGGCAUCAUCAGUUCCGCUCUAUACACCCGGAUAUGUUUGCCGGUGAGAUAUUUCCCGAGCUGUAUACAACAACAGCGGCCUUAGAUGACGAAGAAGAGAGUCCGGAAGUAGAAGAAGAUCCGCCAGAAAUAGAGGAGUGUGAGCCUUCCCCUUCGCCACGCCCUGCACUUUCCGCUCUUCCAGCGCCACAACCUUCACCCAAAGAAGACUCGUUAACUACUUUAGAUUCACAAUAUUACAGUUACACGGUAGCACUUGGUGUUACUGUCGGCGCUGGGUGCUUCUUGCUGGCCCUGAACGUGCUGGUCUUUGCCGGUAUCUACCUGCAACGCGGUCGCCGGAGAACCACUCAUCGUAGGCCGAGGAGAGAAGGAAGCUGCAAUAGCCGUACAACAGCUGGCUCCCUGAGCAGCGAUCCAACGACUAUAACCUCGCCACGAAAGAGCACGCUCAAGCGCAGCAGCGAGUCAGAACUAAAAGAGAGACCCAACAACGCCGCUCCGCCAAAAAAACGCGUCCAGAUCCAGGAGAUAUCUGUGUAGAAGACUUCUAACGGGAUGGGGUUUAGCCAGCAAGCUAACGAGCAUUUUUAAUGUUGGAACGGAAGUAUUCAAAUGAGUUUACUCGCGUAUAUUAUAACUUAAUACAAUUACGGUUUAGUCACUUACUAUUAGUGAUGUGCCAAGUCGGCUUUUUUGAUAUUCGUGUGUUUGGAUGGUUGUUGUUGUAUCAGUAAUCGAUUGUUCGCUGUUGAAUAUGACCUCCCCUAUAAGGGGGAUUUUUCCAAUAGUUGCCACGCUUUACAGACGGUUUGGCAACCGCAGUUUGGCUUUUGGUAAUGUUUUAAGACCUACUGCCCAUCUCUCGCCCUCCCUUAGUUGCCUCUUACGACACCCACGGGAAAGGAAGAGGUGACCCAUUCUAUGCCAAGAUCUACGCGGCAAUUUGAGUAUUUGGGUAAUUAUCAAUAAAAGAAUCGAAUACUGAAUCAAAUCCGAGAACGCAAACAAAUACUCAAGUAUUUGUAUAGACACUCGAGUACGCUAUCAAACUCGAGUAAUUUUUAAAUUUAUUUCGCUAAAGCUUAUUCUCAAUAAAGCUAAUAAAUGUUCAAUUAUUUAAUAAUAUUGUUUUUGAUAAUAAGGGAAGACCUAUAAAACAGAAUAAAAAGAUUCAUUAAAACAAGUACUCGAAUGUAUUUAAAUAUUAUGUAUCUGAAAUCUCUAUAUUGAGUAUUAGAGUAAUUAAAUACCUAGUAGUUAUUCGAGUCAAUAUUCGAAUCAGCCUGACUUGGCACAUCACAAGUCAUUAAAAUUAUAAUAAGAACUGUGUAAAUUUGAAAUAACAUAAACAUGAUAAGGAGAUUUUGUUUCUUAUACAAUAACAUCUUGAUUUACUUUACAAAGACGAAUUCAACUUUGGAAACGUAUAAAUUUGUUAAAUACUGGAACUAUAUAUUAAUUUUGAUCAUUACAAUAAGGAGUUAUGCAAAAAUACUAUCCGAAUAAAUGUUGUACGAAAGUAAACUCUUUGCUGUGUGACUACGAGUCAAGAAAAUGUAAUACUGUACUGUAAAUUUUCUAUUGCAUUGCAUUUAAAAUCGUAUGAUGCAUCUGAAAUACAGAUUGCAUCAAAUAUAUAAUUAUUAUCUAUUAGGGAAGUAUUGUGUGUAUGUAACUACUGACCAAUUAAGGAACUAGUGCCGUGUUGGCUCAGUGCGCCUGUUUCAUUUCUCUGUUAUCUGUUAUAGUUUAACGUUAAUCUGUAAUUAAUUGUUCAUGUUGAUGUUUCUGUUUAUAUAUUCUAUAUAUUAUAGAUUAAUUAACAUGUUUGAUUCUGAUUCACAUGGAAUGAUUUAAUCGAAAACAGCGCGAUCAGUAUUAAUCACUGUAAUUACAUUCACAUGAGCACAACCAUUUUUGCUUUCUGAUUAGAAUUUGCUAAUAUUGCUAAUGUUAGUUCUUUUAUAAUUUAUUUUCGAUUAUUUCUUUUAAUAUUAAUAAACAAAUCUUUUAAAAGAGGCCUAUCAUCAAUAUUCUUCGAAUAUCUGAAUGAUAUAUUGUAAAAAUUUAAUUCUAUCAGUUCGUUCUAGAAAAUAUCCACUAUUUACAGCCACGCUGGUUCUAUUCUAUCAAUUCUAGUGUGAAUUAGUGUAUAAUAUAGUAGAUGAACGUUACGAGUUAUUAGUUUUAUUUUAUUUGUAAAUUUAGAUUGUUUUCUAUAUAACUGUUUAAUAAAGUCGCUGUAAUAAGACCAAUGUUGUAUUAAAUCUUUACAUCUGUAAUUUUCUUACGAAAAUAUUCAAUAUAAAUAACUUUUUCGUUUCCGUGUUAAUAAUAUUUUAUUUAUAGACGUUAUAAUAAAUUCAACUGAAAUACGAUGACAUCCAUCAAAUUUUGUAUUUUAUGAUAAAUAAUUCAUUGUAGAAAUUUAAAAGCACGGCGCACAUAAUAAAUUAACAAAAAUAGUACACCAGAAUCAAAUAAAAAGGAACAAAUGAAAUAAAAAUCAAACAAAAUAUUUUUAUUUGAAUAGACCUUUUCGAGUGCUUUUGAUUCGUUAAAUUCUCCUGUUCGCCCCCGUCGUGUUUGUUUUGUCGAGUAUUCGCGAUUUUUUUGACUGGAAAUAAUUUUGUUUAAUAUUAAAUAUAACGUGUAUAUAUUGUAAUCGUAAUUUCCAAUUCAAAUAUAUAUACAUAUAUAUAUGAAAUACGUCUGUACAUAGCAGAAAGGUGAAGCAUGUAACACCUGUUGCUGUAAAUAUUAGAAUUUGUCGUCUUAUGUGUGCGAGCUGGCCAGUCAGCCGCUGAUGGGGUUUUUAAAUAAAGACCAUUUUUUC